AUGGCAGAAGGACGCAUCGCCAAACGGCAGAAGCUGGAGAAUGGCUCUGCGAGAUCAUCACGCCCACCAGGCACCUCGCGAGUCUUUGCGCCAUACCGAACCGUCGGCCUCAUCUCCCCCACCGCCGUACCGUUCACGAGCAUUCCUCUCGGCAAGACGACCUUUCAGAUCACAACAUCCGUUGGAAGGAGUCUACAAACAUACGACCUUCGCCGUGGUCUCAACCUCGUGUUCAUCACCCGACCCCAAACCCCCCAGCUCAUCACCGCCACCGCCGCAUGGAAAGACAAAGUGCUCGCUGCAUGGGGAGGAGACGGAGCAGAUUCAGUAAGAGGCGUCUGGGUAUACAAGAGAGGUAAGCGAGAGGUGGAACUGGAGUAUCCCAUCGACUGUGAAGAGAACGUCAAGGCAAUAUGCAUCUUCGGGUCUUGGGUCAUCGGAGUCUGUGAGACGCAGUUGCUGGUGUGGAAGACCACGAAUUUUGAGCUGUACACCACUCUGAGAGGCAUUUCGCCGAUACCUUUUACCAAGUGUAUCUCUAGUCUGCCUACAUUCUUGAACAAAAUCAUCGUGGGAAGACAAGAUGGCAGUGCUGAGAUUUGGAAUGUCUCGAGUGGAAAACUGGUAUACACCAUUUUGCCGCCCUCCACGGCAUAUGGUGCCGUCACUGCGAUUGAACCUACUCCUGCGCUGUCUCUCGUCGCCAUCGCAUUCGAGAAUGGACCACUUCUGAUACACGACGUCAAAGCCGAUCAGACUGUCAUUCAGCUCAGCACUUCCGCUGGAGCACCCGUCACUUCCAUCUCCUUCCGCACGGAUGGCCUUGGUGCAGGGGAGGAUGGCCAGACUGCCGGUGUGAUGGCCACCGCUUCUACAUCAUCUGGAGAUGUCACACUCUGGGAUUUGAACAACGGCGGGCGCAAGUCAGGUGUCCUGCGAGCGGCACAUGCGCAGCCGACGGUUACUACACCUGGUGGCACCAGUAGAGUCGAAUUCCUUUCUGGUCAGGGCAUCUUGGUCACUAGCGGCCUGGACAACAGUUUGAAGUCGUGGAUCUUCGACGAGACGCCUUUCAACCCUGUCCCGCGAAUACUUCACGAGAGACGCGGACAUGGCGCACCCAUCACCGAUUUGGAGUUCUUACCUGUGGGUUCUGAUGGAGCGGACGACACUGGGAAGUGGCUGCUGUCUGGCAGCAAGGAUCGAAGUCUCUGGGCUUGGUCACUACGCAGAGACGGCCAGAGCACGGAGCUAAGUCAAGGUGCUGUGGUAAAGAAGGCGAAGAAGCAGGGUCUCCUCUCCGGCACUCGCGAUCCUUUCCAUGACCUGAAAUGUCCUCCCAUCACCGGCAUGGCAUGCAGCCUCAAUCGAGACGGCGGUAUGGGUGCUAUACCUGGCAAGCACCCAGUCUGGCAGCAAGGUGGCAAGGGCAAGAAGGUUGAUGCAGAAGUCGCUGCGUCAACGGGAUGGGAAAGCGUACUCACCGCGCAUGAAGACGACAAGAAAGCAAGGACGUGGUUUUGGGGACGCAAAAAGGCUGGCAGAUGGGCGUUCGAGACGGGAGAUGGCGGCAACGUCACGUCGGUUGCGAUGUCACCGUGCGGCACUUUUGGCAUCAUUGGAUCCGAGAAGGGAGGCAUUGAUAUGUUCAACAUGCAGUCUGGCAUUCACCGACAACGCUUCCCCGCUCGUUUGACGCCAAUGCAAGCGAAGCAAUUGAAGCUGGAUGUGGUGAAGUACGGCCUGAUUGAAGAAGGCGAAGGCAAACAGAAGUUCUACCGUGGUCAAGGCAAGCAUGGCGCUGCAGUCGUUGGUGUCGCGGUCGACAGCCUCAACAAGAUAGUUCUCUCCGCCGGCGCCGAUGGCAAGGUCAAAUUCUGGGACUUCAACACCGGACUGCUGAUGUCACAAAUCGACUGGUCCAGCUCUAUCGGCAUCCUCGGCAUGCGUUUCCACCGCAGCUCGGACCUCGCUGCUUUUGCUUGCACAGACACAUGCAUCCGCGUUGUAGACAUUACGACUCAAAAGCUCAUCCGUGAGCUGCGUCCCUCUCGAACGCCAAUUCCCGAGGUCGAUGACCUUCGCAUCCGAAGUUUCACCUUCUCCGAUGACGGUCACUGGAUUGCCGCCUCCGCAGGACCUUUGGUCUUCUUGUGGGAUCUUCCCACGGGUCAUCUCGUCGACGCCUUCCGCCUAUCUGCCACUUGUGCCGCGUUAGCCUUCUCGCCCACGGGUGAAUUUCUCGCCACCGCAAGCAUCGACAGCGUGGGUGUGGACAUCUGGACCAACCGCUCGCUCUUCACACACGUACCGACUCGACACAUUACCGCGCAAGAGCUGUUCGCUAUUCUGGCAUCAUCCACGGCCUCUGCGCCAACAGCUUCGGGAGAGACCGGCCAGAACCUACUUGCCCUGAUCCCCGACCCUGACGCCGAGACUGGCGACGAUGCCGAUGUCGACGAGCUCCCUCCUCUCGAUGAAACCGACUACAUCACCUCGUCCCUUCAGUCCCUGUCCCUCAUCCCCCGACCUCGCUGGCAAACGCUCCUCCACCUCGACCUGAUCCGGCAACGCAACGCCCCCAUCGCGCCGCCCACCAAGCCCGAAAAAGCGCCGUUCUUCCUCCCAUCCCUCCAAGACCGCCAAGGCGCACAACAGUCCCUUCUGCAGCCCGGCGACGGCAGCACAGCGGCCGCAGAGUCCCUCGAGCUAGAACGCUCCCGCGUCCUCCGCUCCGGUCUCGGCGACGGCGAUGAAACGGAGUUUUCCCGCUUACUGCGCUCCGUCGAGCAGUCCGACGCCGGAUGCAACGUCUUCAUCGAACACCUCAAGUCUCUUUCUCCCGCUCGCGCGGAUGUUGAGAUCCGGUCGUUGAGUAGUGAGGAACAUACGCUGUUCAUUCAGGCUUUGACCCGGCGAUUGCAGCAGAGGAGGGACUUUGAGGCUGUGCAGGUUUGGGUGAGGGUGUGGUUGAGGGUGCAUGGGGAUGUUGUUGUUGCUUCUCCUGGCGGGGGUGAAGAUGAGGAUGACGAUGGACUGCGGGAUGCGCUGGGAAAUUUCCAGGAUGUGCUUGAGGAGGAGAGGGGGAGGGUGGGGAAGUUGGGUGGAAGGGUUAGUGGGUUGGUGGGCUAUUUGAGGGCGGCUAGGGUUUGA